CAUUUGGAUAAGAUGCCAAGAAAAGAAUCAUAUGUUUGCUGCACGAUGAUUCAUGGAAACAUAUCCUUGGUGCUGAGUGACAUGACAUGUUAACUCAGAGUCUUGGCACGCAGAGUGAACCAAGCGAAAGACCAGGCUAAUGUUAUCGGUUCCAUGCAUAGCGGUGACAUGGCUCUAUAGCCACUGAGCCCACCGGAUUGAUGGUAAAAUGAGGCUGGGCUCCUAUAGUAUGGACCUCUUAUUGUCCAUAUUGGCCAAAAACAUAUAUAAGCAGCAACUGUAUCUUCCUCUCUACCUUUCUCACCUUUUAUCAAUACGUUCUGAUCUUCCUCCCUGGCCUUUCAAGCUGAUCCCGGUCUGAACGUCGUAUCCUGUAUUCAUCAUGAAGGCUUCACUACUCUUAUCUCUCCUACCCGUCGCCCAGGCCGCUGUCAUCGACACCCGUCAAUCCAAGACCGGCGAUGGUAAACAAGGUGACACCGACGCAACCCAGGGAGAUCUCAGCCAAAGGCCGCCACCACGCUUCCCCUUCCCCAUCACCAAGUUCCCCGUCGCGAAGGAGACAGUCGUCCUCAAAAAUGCCAAAUAUAUCAUGCCCGGUGAAGUCUUUGAUGGCAAGAUGAAGCGCUAUGAACGUCCUGAGGGAAGCUGCAAUGAACAAGCUGAGGGCACUGAUGCCGAUACUGUCUUCAACUUGUUGCCUGGUUCGACUAUUCGAAAUGUCAUCAUUGGAAAGAACCAGGCUGAGGGUAUUCAUGCUUUGGGUGAUGCCUGGGUUGAGAAUGGUGAGCAAUUUCCUGUCUCUUGUGGUGAAUUUAUACUAAUUAACGAAGUUUGGUGGGAGGACGUUUGUGAAGAUGCUCUCACGUCGAAGGGCCUCAAUACACAGUUGAGGGUGAUUGGUGGUGGAGCUCGAAGCGCAACAGACAAGAUCUUCCAAGACAACUCACUUGGUGGCAAGUACAACAUCACCGGCUUUUACGCCGAGGGCUUCGGAACUUUCUACCAGUCUUGCGGCAACUGCCUCAACCAAGCCAAGCGCAACGCCACUAUUCAGAACGUUAUUGCCGUUGACGGUCUGCGAAUGGGCAUUGUAAGCAUCCCAUCCACUUUCUUCAUUCAACCUUCCUAACCUCAUCCAGAUCAACCCUAACUACGGUGAUGAGUUCCGUCUCAAGAAUGCUCAAAUCGACAACGUCACCAGCAUUGUCGACAAAGAAAUCGGCAACAAUGUGCAGACCGUUCCAUACUACGUCGGAAACGGACCUGAUGAAAAGUAUGCUUUGUAUAAUGAGACGAGGGAUAACAUUACAAAGUUCAAGGGUAAGGUGACGAAUGCUUAUGAACCUGAGGAUCCUUAUGAGUGGCUCGAGGAGUUCUGGCCUGAGGGUUUCAACUGAGCAAUGUGAUACUACAUGAGCGACGCUAGAAUAUUGGAAGAGCGAGGGUAAUAU